ACGUGAUCCUCAAAGACAAUCUUCGCUUUUGUCUUGUCAGUGCGACUGAUGUCAGUGGACGUCUCGUGCGUGGCUGUUAAACAAAGCGCGUAAUAGGCGCGUGCAUCCCGCCGGGUUUAUGUACAACAUGCGUGAGUGCGAGGAAUUCACGAGGAGUUUUCCACCGGGUCAGCCGGUCCAGGCCCCGCUGCCGCCGUCGACGCCAGGGGCCCCGGGUCUGGACGCCCUGUACAGCCUCUGCAGGCAGAUAUAUCCGGAACAGAUUAAUCCCUUAACAGUCACCGCGAUAAUUAAGUAUUGGCUAGGAGGACCUGAUCCUCUGGAUUACAUUAGCAUGUACGCAAAUCCAGGAUGUCCCGAACUCGGAGUACCUCCACAUUGGCAUUAUGUGAGUUUAGGACUGUCCGAUCUACACGGCGACGGUCGGUUGCAUCCGAAACCUGGUCCAGGUCGUCCAAGCGGAUUCGGAUUCGAGCUUACUUUCCGUCUCGUUCACGAAAGGGGCGAGAUGACGCCGCCCACAUGGCCGGCGAAUGUGAUGCAGCAAUUGGCCAAAUAUGUUUUCAAUUCCGGGAACACGUUGAUGCCGGGUGACCAUGUUUCUUGGCACGCUCCGUUGGACGGCGGAAACGGUCGUAUCACCCAGAUCUUGAUGGGACAGGACCCGCAGCUAUCAACGAUUUCUACGCCCCACGGCGAUGUUUCAUUUGUUCAAAUCGUCGGCGUCACUUCCGAGGAACUGCAGGCGGCUCAACAUUGGAACGGUCCGGGCGUUGUAAAUUUGUUAAAAAGCGCACGAGAUUGCGGCCCGUGGUUGCUCACGAACAUGAGAAGAAUGCGUUCCGCCAUGGAGGACGAUCCUUCUAUAGCGGAAAAGAUACAGUGCGGCAUCGAGAGAGACGGAUCGAACACGAGCGGGGUGUCCGCAAAGUGUUGGUGGGUGCAAAUAACGAACGACAAAAGCGCGGAGAGAUACAGGGAGAGAAGGAACGAUUCCGACGACGACGACGAUGAAGAGGAGGAUGUGAAACCGAUCGUAAAAACAGAGAGGCUUUCGCCGUGCGAGCAACAGGACGCCAACGUCUCCGACGAAAAUUGUAUUAAAGUUUUGUCUGGAUUACACCUAACGUUCAACCUCGAAGCUGGCUCGUUACUACCGUUAGCGAUAAAAGGUCGCGUAAUGCACGGGAGGCAUUUUACGUUCAAAUCCAUACUGUCCCACACAGCUGUCACCAUAGUCGCGCCAUCGGUCACGGGUACCUUCGUAUCCAAGGACAGACCGUAUGUUGUUCAAGGUCCGUGGCUGCAAGUGCUCCUUUCGGAAGAGCUAGCCGAAAAGAUGGCCGAAGAAUUCCAAAUUUUGAACACACCCGAUAAGAUUCAAUUGCCAAAAACGUUUUCUUGGCCGGAACAUAACUUAGUCAUCACCAUCAUCGAUUAAUCAUCAACGAUUAAAGCUCGCUCCAUAUCGUUUUCGUAUAUAUUUAAGUUAAAGACAAUGCAAUAAAAGUAUUAUCGAACUCAACCUUGUUGCAGAUCGAAUCUUAUAUUUAUAACAGCAAUGUUUUCCAUGACUAUCUAACGUAAGAUUUUGUAAUUUAUAUGCUUUUUUAUGUGUUUAAGGGAAUUGACUUAUAUAUUGUUCAUCAAUGUGUAAAAGCAGAGAUUUGCGCACGUUUCCAUAUAUUCUUUUUAAAGUACAGCAUCUUGUAUUUUUCUACGAAGAUUCCAAUGUCUCUCUUUUACAAGUUGAUACUUAUACGCGUGCCGAAAAAUUUCUACAACACUUGUCAAGCUGUUUAAAUUUGAUAUUAUCUCAUUACGAGGAUAAUAAUAUAAUAAAGUGUUGUAAAAUUUUUUGCACGUACAUAUUUAAUAAUGUAUAUACAUAAAUAAUAUAAAUUAUGAGCUAUAUUUUACAGCAAAGUUAUAUUUGAUAUACGCGUCUUACACGUUGUUACGGACAAUAAAUGUUUAUGUAAAUACCUCGUAAAAAUACCUCGAAACAUGCUUGAAUAAGAAUCUUAAUUAUC